UUGAAAGAAGUUUUUGUAACAACUUUUAAGUUUUUUUUAUUUUUGUUAUAUUUUUUUACCCAAAAUGAAUAUAAUAAAUAACCCGCUGUCCGCAAAAAAUGUGAGAAUUCACGGCAUGUCUUCCGACAAAUGGACUACAAAAGACAAGGUAACACAGUACAAAGGCUUAGUCACCUUAUACAAACGAGAUCGUCAAAUUACCGAAGUAGACAGAGCUGUAGCCAGUAAAAGGCAACUAAAAGGACUGCAAAGUCUACGAAAGGACAUUGAAAGCAGCAGACUCAAGUUACAUAACGCUGUUGGAGGCGAUAGGCAAAAAUUGCGAAAUAUAUUGAGUGACAAUCAUGAACUACAACUAGCAUAUCAAAAUUCGGAACUUGAAAAAGUUACUGAAGACAUAAUGCAGCGUAAUUUUAAUAAGCGAAAAGCUCUGGAUAAAAUAAACUACCAAAUGAGCUUAAAAUCUCAACAACUGAUUAAUUUGAAGUUAGAAGAAGCCUUGUUACAAGAUCGAACGAAGUAUGAAAGUCUUCAUAACAUCAAGGAAGAACACAUUGCCAAACUUAUAACCGGUAAAGUUCAAGAUGCUAUUUUGAAAAAGCAAGCAGCUUUGGAAAUACGACAAACGUACACACAAAUAAUCGACCUCAUGAAGAAAGACGGCCUCUAUUUUGAUGGAAUUUUGUCAGCUAUUCAAGAAGACUUCUGGUAUCAGUGUAGAUGUAUUUUAAAUGCUACCAAACAAGGACAGUUAGCCACUGAGUAUAAAAAUGACAGAGAACAAGAAUACCAAGAUUUAGAAAAAGCAAUUCUUCUCGAUAUGAAAACCCGAAAGAGGGAUUUGGAAAUCAUACACCAACAAACCAAAAUGUUGCAGUCUAAUUUAAAGCAUUUGUUAAGACGAGAUAGUGAUCUUACUACGUGUAUAGUGAAGGUUGAGGAAAGCAGCGAUUUUCAUACACUGCGAAAAGAUCUGCAACAAAUUGAAUCUACUUUACACUUUUUGCAGAAUACAACUCUAGUCAGUUCAUUUGAACAAAUCUAUCCAACUCUAGAAGAACAAAGAAAGCAGAAGAGAAGGUUGACUGCGUCCGUCGCACGAUGUCAACGUAAUACUGAGAUAAUAAUGACGAAAUUGGCUCACGCUGAACUGAUGUAUAGUACUUUGAGGAACAGUAUGGUUGACACCACUCGAGAAUACAAAAAACGAAAGGCAGAGUUAAAGGAGGCAAUAAAUGAAGAAGUGAAAAAACAGGAAUGGUAUGGGCUUUCACGCAGAAGAAAGUGCGAACUGUUAGCAAACGUAAGACUUUACUUGAAACAAAUCGAUCAAUUGUGUAAACCAAUACACCUACCCAAAGAUAUUGAGAAGAAACAAGAGGUUGUUAUAGCUGAAAGUGAAGUGUCUGUACCAGAAGCUGAGGAAACAGAUGGACACAAAAUAUUUGUCGAACUCGUAAAAAAAUUAAUGUUUUUAAUGAAUACGGCUGAUGAGUUCAUGGAUGAUCUUAAAACACAUGCUGCCUUUAAAUCUUAUGAGGCUUUGAUGAGCUGUCGCGCUAUUGAACCAGAGGUUGACGCAUUGGCUGACACAGCACGUCGAAGUAUCGUUUCAGAAGGACCAACUCAUACGUUAUUGUCACGUGACGACAUUAAAACGAAGAGCGUCGAAGUCGUUGCUAUGCAUUCUAGAAAUGAAGACUUGAUACCUAUGUUUGCAGGAAGGAAAAAGAAGAAGUGGAAGUAAACUCCUUGUUAUGUAUUUUUAUGUAGUUCAUACGCCUUAAUAAAUAUGUGCUGUUAA